AUGAGGGAUAUCUAUCGCAACUUCAGAAGAUAUGGGAAAUUGCAUGGUCUUUUGAUCUUCAGUUUGGGUUUAAUCAUCAUAUAUUGGAGGUAUGAAAUAUACUUUUCUAAUGAGAGGAAAAGAAUAGAAACCACUAAUGAGGAAGUGAGGAAACUCAUCAACAUAGACGUCACUCUGAAUUAUGCAGCAAGACCAGAUGUUCGAACAAAAACACCAUGGGACGCUCCAAUCAUAUGGGAAGGGAUGUUUGACAAGCAUAUUUAUGACCAAAUGCAUAUACAUCUCAAGACAAAUGUGGCAGUUACAGUUUUUGCAGUGGGAGGGUACUUGAAUGUCUACCUCAAGACUUUCCUUACCAGUGCAGAGAAGUACUUUAUGGUGGGAUUACCAGUAACGUAUUUUAUAUUUUCUGAUUUACCAGACCAAAUACCAUACAUAGAGCUUGGUCCUCAAAGAGAAAUUAAAAUUAUCAAGGUGGAACGGCACUCUAGGUGGCAGGAUGUCUCUAUGAUGCGUAUGCAGACAAUAUCAACACUAAUCGAUUCAGAGAUUCGUCACAACUUCAGAUACAUCUUCUGCCUUGACGUCGAUCAGGAGUUUAAAGGAAGAUUUGGCUCAGAGGCAUUGGGAGAAUCUGUAGCCAUGUUUCAUGCUCAGUUUUACAGGGCUCCAAAAUCCAGGUACAAUUAUGAAAAAAACCCUAAAUCCAAGGCAUUCAUGAAAACAGGAGAUUUCUAUUACCAUGCAGCUGUCUUCGGGGGAACAUGGGAAAAUGUGAAGAAUUUAACAGAUACAUGCUUUGAGAACAUUGUGGCGGACAAAGUAAAUAAUGUGGAGGCUGUGUGGCAUGAUGAGAGUCACCUCAACAAAUACUUCUACCUACACAAACCAACUAAGCUGCUCUCCCCUGAGUACUGCUGGAAUGAAAAGUUUCCUGGAAAAGACAUACGCAUCGCACGCCUGGUGUGGUCCCCAAAAUAUCAUACGUCACUGCGCACAUAAGCAAAAUUAACAUUCAAGAAAUAUCCUUUCCCUAAAUAAAAUAUUUCAGCUGGUCUUAGCUGUGACGUAGCAACAGAACUUGACAUUUCCCUCACUCUCUGUCCUUCUCUCUCUCUCUCUCUCUCUCUCCGUUGCACUC